UCCGGAACGGUUAUUCUCUGAAUUACUAUAGAGUUUUUCUAAACACGAGUAUCUAUUGUUUGUGAUUGAUCACGUAUCGGCUGGUUGUCCUCUAUCGUUUAAAACAAAAGGAAUACAUCCUUCAUUUUUGGAAAGUGAAUAAUCGUGUUUGUCCCUUCGACGUGUAUUGCGUUUUGUGAUUAUCUCGUGGUGUGCUGUGCAGCAUAGCCCAAAGGCAUCGAAAGCAGGAAGCAAGGAUACGGCAAAAGGAGAGAGUCCUUUCCCACAACAAGCCAAAAAGUGACGCUUUCCUGGAAUGUUCCGGUGUUGGUUGGUGGCGUGCUAAAUAGCCCAGUGAUUGAAAUCGUGCGUGCUUAGUGUGUCGUGUGUAUUACGCACAAGCAGGUGCUAAAAGUGUUACAGUAGCGGAAGAGUGUGUUUUAUUGAUCCAGAAAAAUUUGGGUGCGAAAUUUCGGAUAGUUUUUGUUAGCAUAAAUCUCGCCGCGGGAAAUAGCGAAUAAAAUGUCCAACAAUAUCCAGAUCACGACCGAUGAUAAGCCCUCGUCGGUUGGCAUGACGACGCCGACGAAACCGAUGUCCGGCAUUCCGUUGAGUCCGUCGCACUUGCAGCUUCCAUCGCCAAUAAUUACGCGCCGAACCAGAACGGCUUCCACAUCGGACCGUGCGAUGCGCAACCCCAUUGAGGAGGGAAAAGUGAAAUCUUUCUGCAGGAGCAAAGGUCACGGUUUCAUCACACCCGUGGCCCAAGAUGACGAUAUUUUCGUGCACAUCUCAGACAUUGAGGGAGAGUACGUGCCACUGCCGGGUGAUGAGGUCAGCUACCGACUGUGCGCCAUCCCGCCCAAGUUCGAGAAGGUGCAAGCAAUCCACGUGCACAUCACCCAUCUGACGCCGGAGAAGCACAGCAAAUGGGAGGAACGGGCGACGCCAUGCAAGUCCCCGGAUGGUUCCCGGCUGCACUAGGAUUUGGCCGCCUGAUGUUCGCGCGAAACCGCUCGCUGCGAUCGUCACUUUCUUCAGCUACCAUAGGCAUUAGGAGAAAGAGAGCUCCCAUCAUUCAACAACAGCAACUACUACUACUACUUAGCAGUGAAACGAUGCUCUUUUUCUGCUCUUAAGAUUAUGCUAGAUUUGCUUUUACGUAUUCUCUUGGUAAGGGUUUUGUUUUCCAUCGGAAUGAUCCCAUUGACAUUUUCCUGGAGAGAUUUGUGCUAGCUAUGUUCGCUCAACCCACACCCAACUCUAGAGCUGGCCGAUGAGAGUGGUACUACUGCAGCAAUAAGUCAAGCAGCAUGAGGAUAUAUUAUGUCGCAAGGUAGCACAGUCUUUAUAGCUUUGGGUAGUGUUAUUUUGCAUGUAGUCUUUCGCCAGUAAAUAAAUAUUUCAUUCACAACAAUAGCGAUUGUAUUUGCGAACGAGCAGGUGAUUUCCACGGUAAACGUAUCAUGAUAUUAGCGUUAUUGUGUUCGGGGAGAAUUUGUUGAUAAGAACUGGAAUUUCAAAUUGUGUUUGUGUCAUAUCGUUUCCCAGUAGGUAGGAUGGAGAACGGCUUCAGACCCCCGAGACCCUAUUCCAAGCACCGGGGUUUUCCAAAGAAAUUUAAUCCAAAAGCUAUUCCAAAAGAUGCUCUAUGAUCUGCAAAAAAUAAGCGUUGUAAGUUAUAUUGUUUAUUCCAUGCUUGGCGGAAAUGGUAACUAAUCACCUAGAUUUUCAUAAUACUGGAUGAACACAGGGGAAAACAGCCAAGCUUGUUGUCCCAUCACAAAAGAAGCAAUGCUCGAUAACUUUUUCAAAGGGACGUAUCAGCUUUUGUAAACAAUGCAUUUGAUCGUCGAUUGGUCGUAACUGAUAGCUCGCACACGCUUACUAACACCACUAGCAGGUAUAGGAAAAUUUCCCUUAUCUGAUGGCAGUGUUAGCAUGCUUGGGCGAGCUACCAGUUACGCCAAAUCGACGAUCAAAUGCAUUGUGUACAAAAGCUGAUACGUCCCUAUGAAAAAGUUAUCGAGAAUGGUACAAAUUAAACUUAAAACACGUUUUUCUCGGCUUGCUGAUUCGAGCUAUGGGAUAAACAUGCCAUGAUCGGCAGAGCAGUUCUCCACGCUAUAUGAAGAAGUAACAAACGGAGAUGCAUCGCAGGAGGGCGAAGGAAUUUAUAAGUUUAUCACUCUGCCUCAGGAAAGCGUAUCGCUACAGGGUGCGAAUUUUGUUUCCCAUGUGUGAAUUUAAGGCACAAAUAUGCCAUCUUGUGUUGCGAUCUAUAGUACUUUAAGAUUACCUAAUUUUGUUUAGUUUUGAGUAGCAGUUUGUGAAAUGUUCCAAAAUUUAAAAGAUGUACGGUAAAGUGACCAGACCUUGCGGAUUCGAACUAUCUGUUAUGCGCAUAGAAAUACCUAUAUUCUUCAUUCCUACGUCCAAUGUUAUUUUUGGUUCUAAAAAACUUCACAUGAUAUAUUCCUCGAUGAAACCUUUCAAUUGAAUCAAUGUGGUGGGGCGAGGAGAUAUAGAAGUGUUUUUUUUUAUUUAUUGGAUAAGCAUGAUUGAAACCUUUCCAGCUGUUCUAUUAACGACAACUCGAAAUCAACCGCAUUUUGCAAUGCGUAUAUUUCAUUUAAAGAAAAAUGUGAAAAAUAACAGGAUUGCUCAGUCGUAAAAAUGUAAUCAGAUUGAAGUUGACAGACCAGCAGGGCUGGUAGUGAGUCAGUUUUUAGUGACUUAGUCACUUUUUUCAAACCAGUCACUAAAAAGUCUCCUUUUUUAAGGCCAAGUAACUAAAGUCACCUUUUCUUGUAAUAAGUCACUAUGUUCAACUUUUUUAGCGUGAAUUUAUCUCAAGAUUGAUCAUUCUUUGCUUUAGACGUUUAAUCGUCUUUCUCUAUCU